AUGGAUUAUCUAACUAUACUUUCCACUAGAUCAUUGAUCUUGUUCCCAUCAAAAGACUCGAUCCCUACUUCCUCACCAACAUCAUCAUCCUCAUUUACUAAGUGUUAUCAUCCUGAUGAAAUCAUUGACUCACCCAUAUCAUCACCUUCCCCUCCGACUAUAAAUCUCACCAAGCCUGCUCCCGAACCCAUUACACUCCCACUCAGCUCUUUGAUCUAUAACGAGACCAACUGUGCUUAUUUCCUUGUAUACCACGUACUGAAUACCUCUUAUCCAUUCGCACCUCACAAUGAAAAUCAGAAUAAUGGUCAAGAUAACUUAGGUAUGGUAGAUAAGAAGACUGCUAAUGAAGUAGAAGUCAUAGUCUGGAAAGAAAUGGAUAGGGUCAAGAUGUUUUCGAGAAGUUUGGGCAGAUGGUUUGGGAUUAGUAAAGAAGGGAAAAUGGAUGAAUCCAAUUUAGUUGAAUUAGCUGGAAAAUAUGGUUUGGGUUUAGAACAUUUAUACCCAACAGAAGAUAACAUGAAUAGACAGCAACAUGAACUGAAAGAAGAAGAAGACCCGACAACCCAUAAUGAGGGGCAUCGUCAUAUCCAUUCGACGAAGGAGGCUCUCAUCUUGAUCUGA